AUGACAACGAUUAGAAGAUUUGUUUGUGAUGAUUUAUUUAAAUUUAAUAAUAUAAAUUUAGAUUAUCUAACAGAAACUUAUUACUUACCAUUUUAUUUACAAUAUUUAUCAAAAUGGCCAUCAUUAUUAUCAAUGGCUGAAGAUGUAAAUGGAAAACCAAUGGGAUAUAUGAUUGGUAAAGCAGAAGGUGAAGGUAUUAAUUGGCAUGGACAUGUUACAGCAGUUUCAGUCGCACCAGAAUUUAGAAGAAUAGGUUUAGCAGAUAGAUUAAUGCAUAUUUUAGAAGAAGGAUCAGAAAAGAUUUAUGAUGGUUAUUUUGUGGAUUUAUUCGUUAGAAAAUCAAAUACAUUAGCAAUUAAUAUGUAUACUAAAUUUGGUUAUUCAGUUUAUAGAACGGUAAUAGGAUAUUAUUCUGGUGAUGAAGAUGCACUAGAUAUGAGAAAAGCCUUACCUAGAGACGUGGAAAAGAAAUCAAUCAUACCUCUCAAACAUCCAGUUUAUCCAACUGAUGCUGAUUUGUAA